AUGUUCUCUAGAGAUAAGCUUCUUCAUCGUCCGGCGGUGGGGGUUUCCGGGUCAGUGGAGAUCUGGGAAACUCCAAAGGGCACUAAGUAUGCUGUUAAGACAUACCAUGAAAAAGAAGCCCAUGAGCUGCGCAAAGAGUACCAGAAUAGGGUACUAUAUGAAUACGAAUUGCUUAGGGGGAUUCAGCAUGAAGCGUUUUAUGUCCCUACAAAGUAUACCAUAUCCUGGACGGGCCUGACGGUUUGUAUGUAUAUGGAGGCUGGACUGAGGGACUUGGCUAAGCUUCUACGGAAACAGGCUUCUGCUAGGUUUAAUGUGGCUGAAAAUUUGUGUUACUGGAAACAGCUUGUUUCGGGGAUAUUGUACCUUCACGAGCAAGGCUUGAGCCAUAGGGAUAUCAAGCUUGAGAAUAUGGUGUUGCUGAGUACUGGCAGGCUUAAGAUUAUAGAUAUGGCUACGGUGACGGCCAGCGAACCUGCUAUAGGUAUUGUGGGCUCGCCAAAGUAUAUGGCGCCAGAAAUGACCACCCAAAUAAGGUACGAUGGCCAGAAGGCAGAUACUUGGUCUUUGGGUAUAGUGAUGGUGUAUUUUGCAACCAAGACGUUUCCCUGGAAAACUGCGCAUAUUAGUGAUUCGGAGUAUUUGGCGUGGGAGUCUGAAGGGAAAUUGAAGGGCGUGGAAUCCGUUCCAGCCAGUUUCAGGGCGUUUGUAGGGAUGCUUCUAUUUGUGGAUCCUGACCUUCGGAAGUCAAUUAAAGAACUUCUGGGGCUGAAGAUCUUUGUGAAGCUUCCAUGGUGCCAUGGAGAAAGCACUUGUGGGACAAAGCAUACUUUGAUGAAAGAGAUAGACAAUUGA